ACAAAUAGCGAUAAAAACACCCGAUAACCUGCAGCUAUCCCAAGUCCAAUAAAGAAGUUCCCACUCUGUUAAUUUAUAUACCAGAUAGAUUUUUCUCCAGUUGUUGACCACUUAGCAGCAAAAACAGCAGCAACUUCUCCCGGCAAAACAACAAACAUUAAUCAACACCAUACUUUUAUUCAAUCCACGCUAAAACACCGCGGGUCUGAGCUGAGAAAAUUGAGCAAUCAACAAAACCCAACCACAUUGCAAUACCAAUAAAAUAACAUCCUAAUCCACACUCAUCCGCAGAGCGUGAAAAAGUGAAUUUGAAGUCUCCAAUCUGAAUUGAGACUUUGUUUUUAAUUAGAUCUUCGCCUAUAGUUUCGAUGUCCAUAAUGCAGUCGGCAAACGCAGCUUUUUCUCUUCUUCUCAGCAUUUCCCUCCUUCUCACCUUGGUGUGCAGUCACCCUUCGUUGUACGAAAAUGAAGAAGGAGGAGGUGAGAUGGAGAAGAGACUGAAGAUCCCGAUGAUGUCCAGACUACGCAAUGGACCCCAGCAGCUCCACGGAGGAUUCGGAAUGUCUGCAGUCAAGAAACUCAAGAUCCCCUUCUUCGCUCUCAAAAACCCCAACGACCCAAGGUACGCAGCUGGACUGCAGCUGAAGAGACAACUGGCCUCCAGCUACUUGCAGCCAGAUGAGAGCCACUCUGCCAUGUAUUAAUUAACAAUCAAGAACAACUGUCAAAUAACAACUAACUCACUUAUAAAAUCUCUUCAUGUGAAGGGACAAUAAAGAGGUGUUUGGUUGUGUGUAAAUAACUGUUUUGGGAUGCUAUAUGUAUACUCACGAAUAGAUCGGCCGUUUUUCAGUGUCUAUUACUUUUCUCAAAUUGACUGUUUCAAUGG